GCAGAAUUACAACAACUGAACUGAAAAUAACCACUUCUUCCUCCACUCUGACUCAACAUUCGACGACUGCACAGCACAAACCAAACAAACCAAACAAACCAUCCCAAGAUGUCAAACUCACCAGCAGAGAGUACAACUACAGCCAGCAGUCGAACUAGAACCCCAUCACCAACCAACUCAUUCAAAUCAUCAACAACCACACCAACAACACCAAAACAACAACAACCACCCCCAAUACCCAUACCACAUCUACUACUAGAUCGAUCCAGACUCAAGCCAGUACCCAGACAACCCAAACCAGCACCCAUCCAAACACCACCCGCAUUCACAAUACCAACACUCAGAUCAAAACUCAGAUCGACUACCAACCCAUCCCCUCACUCAAACAACCCCAGCCAACACAAACCAGCCUCAAACCGAUCAGUCAGCAAUCAGUCACACAACAACAACACCAGCACUACCCCUCAAAAAACAUCGACUGAAACUCAAGCCGAUCAACCAGCAGCAGAACCACAGCCUGCUGAACCAGCAGCAGCAGAACCACAGCCUGAACCACCGGCGGAAUCACUGCCUGAACCUCAAGCUGCUCAAUCACAGCUCGAACCAACCGUAGAAUCACAGCCUCAACCACCGGCAGAAUCAACCCCAGAAGCACAGCCUCAACCACCGGCAGAACCCCAAGCUGAACCCCCAAAAGCCGAAGACGCACAGCCUGAUCCACCGGCCGAAACACAGCCUGGACUAAGCCCAACGGUCGACUCACAACAGGCUGAUAUCAGCCUUCCCUCUCCCUCGGAGGACUCACCCGAUCAACCUCAGGCCCACAAACCAUCACCCACCGAACCCCAGCCGAUGCCCGAUCAUCAGCAAGACCACCACCAACUCACAAACUCACUACCUCACUCCGAGAACAACCCAGACCAGAUCCAGCCAUGGCAACACCAAUUCAAUCGGAUCCUCGACUCCGAUCAUUCCAGCCUCGAGCGUGCCAACUCCGCUGCUGCCCGUCUCAACUCACUCGCCAAACUCAACGGCCUCAAAAUACCCGACCUCCCUGACCCGCCACUUCAUCCAUCAUCCGAUACCGAUAAUAGUCUGCCCCCCUUCUUGAUGGCCAAGCAUAUCGAAGAGACCAAGAAGAAGGCCGGUCUCAUCUCCCCCACACUGCCCAUCCCCCAGUAUCCACUCCCACUACCCGUCUCACUAGGCUUCAGCGUCGGCCCCAACGGUCGUGGCGUACCCAGACUAUCAGCACUCCAACGAAAAGCUCUAGAGAAGAUGGCCAACCAGCAAGACUCACAGGAUCUCUCAACUGCAACUACCUCUCUCACUCGCUCCCACACCACAACCGGCACCGAAUCUCCUAAACGUCUCCCCAACCCCAUCCACUCCCCCUCAACCGAUGAAUCCCAUCAACGUCAACAGGCUCGUAGCAACCUAAUCAGGAAACUAUCCAGCCGAGGCCCCAACACCCGUCUCAAAUUGAGCCCACCUCUAGUCAUACCCUCACCAGCUGAUCUCCAGGCCGACCCACCAUCAAUCCCUAACCCUCAACUCUCUUGUUCCUCACAACCCAUUCACCCAGAAUCAGCAUUCGACCAUCCUGAACCCUUACCCGAGCUCAUCACAACUCCAACCUUGGAUACUAUCGAUCACCAAGCUCAAGAGAUCAUCCCCUCUGUCGAUCACUUAGCCUUGAACACCACCACAAUCGACUCCGUCACAGUCGACCUGUCCCGUACUCAAACACCCCUCUUGGAAGAAAAUACCAUGGUGCUCAAUUUGCCCCCCGUCGUAACCGAUCACUCCCCGGCUGUUGCACUCAGAUAUUCACUCAAUUCUCUUGACAGUCAGACCGAUCCAAAGCAUGCCAUUCGAACUGCUCCCACCAAUUCCCACAACCCAACAUCGGGGUCUGAAACUAUCAUCGGCGAAUCAAAACCUACAGUGGCCGCUCAAUCAUACCCGAGCUCAUCACCGUCCCAUUCUCAUCCAGUUCCCGAGAGUAGCUGGUUAGAUUUCUCCGAGACCAAUUCGAAAUCUUUCAUCAGUGACAGCCCAGACCUUAACACCGAGCCCAUCUCUGAGACCACUCUCGCCCCUACACCCGACCCAGUCGCUUCAAGCCCCUCAGUCAGAUCUAGCAUCGUUUCACGACUCAAGGCUAGGGCCUCAUUGAGCAGCCGGAUCGACAGGAGUACCGCCACCGGCCGUUCUCCCUCUCCCGGCCAACCACAAUCACGACAAUCUUCUAUCGAUCGAGGAAGUGAAGUCCCAGCUGAGCGUCGGCGUUCAACUAUUCAUGGAAACCAUCGUGUCUCACGUCCAUCCAAUUCAUCUACUGUUCAGCGAGUUCGACCUACCGCCAAUGAGACCUCUCAAGAUCGAGCAAGACAAUCAUAUACCACACUUGCUAGCCGAGUUGGAUCUCCUUCUCCAUCUCAUCACACUGAUAGGCCAUUGCGACCUACGCGCGCACCACCAAUUACCCAAGCUCACAAUGUUGUUGGAGGCAGGAGUGCGAUUUCACGCAAGAGUAGUACAGACUUGGGUCCUUCCCAGUUCCCUCCAACCCCACAUUUAGUCCGAACUCAUAUGCCAGUAGCAUCUGCAGUCGAUUUGGCACGAUACAACGAUCAGAAACUCGCACCGUUCCCUGCACUCCUCGACUCUUCCCCGCCAGGCUCUCCCGAGCGGGCCAGGUCUCCACCGCGAAGUAACCUCAAGAGCUCCAAAUCUCAGGGUCACAGUAUUCUCUCCAGCGCUUCUAACUUCUUCCGCUCUCCCAGCCGAAGUCAGGAUGAGAAUACAAGUCGAGCCGCCAACCAGAUGGUCUCCUCUCCCCCAGCUACGGUAAUGGCCUCGCCACCCAGCUACCCGGUUCGCAUGAGUCGUUCGGAUGAGGAACAGGAGGAGGUAGUAGAACCGGCCCGAUGGCAAUCCAUGGGGGAUGCUGCUGGGAAGAUGAAUGCUGCUGCUGAGGUAUCCCGCUCGGCAACCAUCGAGAGUAACACCAGCUCGACGGCCUCGAUGAUUUCGAGCCAAAGACGAGAACAGAUCCUUGCCCGUCUCUCUCCGUUCCUCAGACCAUCCCAUCCUACCGCGUCACCGGACCACAGGUUGAAUGACCCACCACGUAAAUUGUUGUGGCACCAGCCCGUCCUCCAGGUAGUCAAUGCGACAUCGGUCAAAGAUCGAUACCUGUUCCUCUUCAACGACAUCCUCGUCAUCACCAAACCGAUUAUCGAGUUUGAAGAUUGUAAGGGAGAGUCAGUCCCCAAGCUGCCGAUCACCCUCAAACACUCCUUCCUGACCAAGAGUGUCGUCGAAAUCAAAAAUCUUCGGUGUGUUUGUACCAACCAAGCCAGACGUUCAUCCACCCUUCAAGAUAAACAUCCAAUCCAAUCGGUCAAUGACGAGAUGAGUACACCGGAGCAUUGGUUCCAACAGGCCUUCCAGGAAGACCCAAGUCGAGCGAUCCAGAGUCAUCUCCAAAGUAUUCACCUUGAGCCGACUGACUCUGAGAUUGCCAAGCUGUUGAUCGCGACCACCGACCUUGACAGACGUCAGUUAGGACAAUUUCUGACGAGCCCAGAUCGGACUGGAAUCCUGAGGAGCUACUUGGAACAAAUGAAUCUGGCUUACAUGAGGAUCGAAGAUAGCUUGCGCUCGGUCUUACUGUCGCUAAGACUGCCUGCAGAUCCGCCGGCCAUCGAGCGUUUCUUGGAGGAAUUUGGGGUGGUUUGGACGACGAGUAAUCCAAAGGUUGGACUGACUCCCGCAUUGGUAACUCGAUGGACGACGACGAUGAUCGUGCUGAGUGAACAUCUUCACGAUGGAUUGACGGACUCGAUGCGCUACGUGGCUGGAUUUAUUGGUUUCCCGAAUGAUAUCAUUAAGACCGAGGUGGGCUUUGUGGAGUCGAUGGUCCAGGCUGAGGAGGCUUUCAAGGCCCAGGGUAAACCGAGUUCGAGCAUAGCUGCAGAGAAGUUGGAGACGAUGUUGAAGAAGUCAUUCCAGUCUAUCCGUCGGGAUAGGUUAGUCCAAGCCCGGGCAAGCAUCGAAGAUACGGAGAAAAUCAAGAUUGAGGUGGAGGAAGAAGGAGACUCACGCGGUUCGAAAUUACCGAGUCAUAUCAUCUAUCAGAUUCCCUCGGAGUUAGUCACGAUCAGGAUCCCGGAAGCGGACCCACAAUUUGGUAUCAAGCUAUUCGGAUCUGGGCUAAGCUUCGAGCCCUCGUUCCUGAGCUUCUCACAAUCUUCCAGUGCAAGUUUCCGGAUCAAGGGUAAAGCCUUGGGGGUCAGACAGGUCUCGAUGAUCAAGAUCGGGCGCAGGGCGGCGGCGUACGAUGGCCUUCCACUCGAUCUGACCGUCUCCGUCGAGCGGGCAUUCAUGAAGCACACCGUCCAAGUCGGCUUCCUCAACCACAUGAUGGCCAAGCGCAAGUACCUCUUCAGCUUCCUGGGACCCCAACCGAAGACCGACUUCCUCGACCUCGUCGACGACGCCCAGGCUGCCGCCAAACAUCAUCAGCCUUUCCCCGGCCAAAACAAUGGUCCCCAGGCGGUCGCUAAAACUGUCGCCCUCCAGGUACUCAUCGAUAGUCUGAUCCUCAACGAAGAUCUGGUGCCGAUGAACGUGAACCCAUAUGCAUCAACCACGGUGGGUCUCAAGGUGACUCAUCACAACAAGAGCAAGAAGAAGGAACUUGAAGAAGAAAAGAAACCAGCCAGUUCAUCGACAUCUAAUCAUCAGUCGAAUGGAAACGGAAAGAUCCGGUCGAACUCGCUGUCGGAAACGUACAUCCACACCUUAGGCAGCUCUGAGAAAGAGCUGCAUCAGGCGAUCAUCGAGCGGCGCAACCAAGCCCAGGAGCUCCACAUCCGCAAGCGCCAGCAAAAGCUGCUCAAGGAAUCACUCGUCUCGAAUCUCUCCGGCGGAAGAGUCAACUUGAAUCCCUACUCCUGCUCUAAUAAGGACGCCCCCGUUGGGCUCGCCGACGAAAAUCAGAACAUCGUCGCCCUCAAACGGUUUAUCUUCGUCGGAUCAGAGUUGAUUCAUCUCUGUCAACAAAACAGCUUGGUUCCACUCGUCUUGGGCUUCUUGAGCAUGGGCAUGGUCGAUAAGAAUCGGCUGAUCACCUCUAAUCCUAGUGCUCAUGCGGGGCAAAAUCACCAUCAUCCUCAUCAUCAUCAGGCUAAUCAUUUUGCAAAGAAUGGGAGCCGGCAUCUUGCGAAUCCGAACGCGGUUCCUUCUGGGGAUCUUGUUUCUGAUGGACAUUCGAAUCCGAAUGGAAAUGGGAACGGAUAUCAUUAUCAACAACAUCAACAUGACUAUCACGUCAUCUGACCAAAAAAUUCAUACAUAAACAGGUCCCUUUGUUAUCUCUUCUCAGUUCCCCAAAAAGUCCCCCAAAAAAAAACGUGUAUAAAAUCAAAACUUUAAAUAAAAAAAAAAGAAAUCCAUUCACCCUUCAAUCAGUCAAUUGACUCAAUGCCUCCCUUUGUUUUAUAUAUCCUUUUGUUUGUAUUUUUUUUUUUUGAAAAUGAUUAUAUUAUUGAGUUGAUUGGUUGAUUUCCUUGAUACACAUCUAGA